AUGACAGCUAUGACGCAGUCUCAUCAAUUUCUCCUCCCAAAUUCCUUCAUUUUUGAUCCAAUUUCUCCAAAGAACUCUUUAUCUUUGAAAACCUGUUGUCCCUAUGUACAUCCGAAUAGAUUUCACUCCCAUAAACCUAUAAUCACAUGUGCAAGGAGCAGCAAUAAAGGGCUCUUCGGAUCUCAACGAUCCAGAAAAACCCUAAUUCAAUUUGUCCGUUUCGCGGCAUCGAAUCUCCAUUACGUCUUACCAGAGCCAUUGAAUUCCGUGAUGAGGGAAUUCGGAGGCGGGUCAGGCAGCGGUGGGUCAGGCGGCUCGUGGAAGGGAUUCGGGUGGGGAGGAUUCGACGGCGGUGGUGGGAGAAAAAGGAGGGUUAACCGGAAAUCACAGUUUUGGUUUUGGGGGUUUGCAACAUUUUGCUGUUUAGGGUUUUGGGCAUUGAUUUUGGGUGGAGAAUUGGAAUUAAAGAGCGAUGUAUUGUUAGUGGUGCUGCUGUUGUGGGUAUGUCACUACACAAGAAAGAUGAAUUGCAGAGGUUUGUUAAAGGUUUUAAGGCAAUGGGGAUUUCAAGAAGACGACAAAGAGGUCGUAGAGCUCUAUGAAGAUCAAGUAAAGAUGCUUCUUUCACAUAUUCUUUAA